AUUGUGUAUUGCAUCUAAUUCAAUAAUAAUUAUUUUUAUCGUUCCAUUAAUAAUAUUUUGAGGAUCAUUUUUUAAUGUUCAACUAUGUUUAGUUUCUCCUGUUUAACUCUGAGAAGACUGCAUGUAAAAUCGCUGAAGUUACUUCAUCGCAAGAAACAUCUUACUUUCUCAGAAAAUACCCUAAUUUUAGGAAUAGAAACAUCAUGCGAUGAUACCGGUUGUGCCAUCGUCAGUGGUGCUGGUAACAUAUUAGGAGAAACAUUAUAUUCUCAAAACGUAAGGCAUCUAAAAUAUGGAGGAAUAAAUCCUACAAUUGCUCAUGAACUACAUCGUGAUAACAUUAGAAAGGCGGUUAACGAAGCACUAGAUGCGGCAUCUAAGCGUAUGGAUAACAUAGAUGCUAUAGCAGUUACAGUCAAACCUGGGUUAGUGAACAGCCUCGAGGUGGGAGUCAGAUAUGCAAAACACUUGUCAAGAUUGCAUAAUAAACCAUUAAUACCUAUACAUCACAUGGAAGCACAUGCACUUGUGGCUAGAAUGUACCAUAACAUACCUUUCCCCUUCUUAGCCUUGUUAAUAUCAGGCGGCAAUAGCCUUCUAGCAGCUUUCAGAGAUGUUGAUGAUGUACUCUUGCUUGGUGACACUCUAGAUAAUUCACCAGGAGAAAUAAUGGAUAAGGUUGCUCGCCGUAUGAAACUCAGGAACAUCCCAGACUACUCACAAGUUGCUGGUGGAAGAGCAAUUGAGCUAGCAGCAAAGAAGGCUGAUAAGCCUGAUAUGUUUGAGUUUCCAUUGCCAUUGGUGAAACUUAGAGAUUGUAGUUUUAGUUUCAGUGGCUUAAAGGAUUUUGUUGAAAGAAAGUUAAAGGAGAAUGAAUUAGAGCACAGGAUAAUAGGUGAUAGACUUAUUCCAGAAAUAAACAAUUUAUGUGCAGGUUUUUUGCAUGGUGUAGCAGAGCAUAUAGCACACAGAACAGAAAGGGCUGCCGCAUUUUGUGAAGCUAACAAAAUUAUAACUUCUAACAAGAGCAUUGUAGUUUCUGGUGGAGUUGCUUGUAAUGAUUACAUAUUCAAUUCUAUUAAGGUUAUAGGAGAUAAAAGAGGGUAUCAAGUUUAUCGGCCACCACCCCGAGUAUGUACGGACAAUGGUGUAAUGAUAGCCUGGAAUGGAAUAGAGAAGCUGAAAUCAAAGAAUGAGUGUGUUAUAUUGAAUUCUGAUGUUACUGUCGAUCCUUAUGCAACACUUGGAAAGGAUAUCAUAAAUGAUGUUAAAGCUGCUGAUAUACAAGUAAGAGUUACAAGAAUAAGAAAAAAAAUGUCCUCAACAUAACUAUAUAAAUGUUGGACACAGGAAUAAAAUAUUAGUGGAAUUGGCUAGUACUUCAAGUACUUUCAGAGUCCACUCAAUAGGAAUUAAUGACUACUCAAAAAUAUUAUACAUGUAAAAUCGGGUAACUCACGUAAAAUCUCACGUAGUCUGCGUCAGGAUACCAUCAGCAUCGCGCAUGCUCAAUGAAAAUGCUCCUCGUUACGGAGCGAAACAUGUCGAGCGACCUUUGACAAUUUUACGUGAGUUACUCGAUUUUACAUGUUUAAUAUUUUUGAGUAGUCAUUAAUUAAUUACAUUAUGUAUGUGUAUCAUGUUACUGUACCAUAUAUGUUAAGAAAUAAAUAAA